AUGGGAUUACUACUGAAACGAAAAAAGCAUCUAGAUUCAAACAAUCCUGAAUCACCCAAUUCACCCAAAUCCAACAAGAGCAACAACCUUAAUAGAACUGGGAGUAGAAAGAGGCAUCGAUUAAGUGAUUUGCUUUCCCAUCGUUCACCCCGUAGCUCAAUAGAUAGUGCUUCAAUUGAUUCAGGCCCAUCUAUAUUGCGAAUGUCACUGAAAACUAGAACCGCACAUAGGCUUUCGUCGCCAACCAGACCGUAUAACGACGUCUUCGCGCAGCCGCCACAGCAACCACAGCAACCACAGCAACCACAGCCGCCCCAGCAACCACAGCAACCAAGAACUCAAGUCCCACCACAAAUUAUUGCCCCAGUAGACGAGGACGACCUCUCGUUAAGAGAGUUCGGAGGAGAAGGCUCUGAUGCAGCACAGGACCCAUCAAUUGCAGUAAAUGUCGUUCGACAGGAGUCGCGAACAGGGACUAUGGCGUCAUCAAAGGGUUCACGUUUUCACGCCCCACCACAUACUGAUACUCAAAACUCAGCUCAGUCGUCAUUGAAUAAUAUCAGUCCUGCGAAAUCAACUACUAGUGAAUCACAUACAAAGGGUGAAUCGGGAGGGUUUCUAUCAUCUUUACUCGCAGCUGCUAGCAACAAGAUGUCAAAUUUACAAGAACCAGAGGAAAAAGAGAAAAAGAAGGAACAUCUGUUUGCUACGAGAUUGGACAAUUUCAUCAAGUCAGUGAAACAUGACGAGGACAACCUUCUUUCGCCGAAUCACCAUCUGGACAGUACUUCUAUGGUUGCCAGCAACAGUGGUACACAACGUGUUUCGACAGAUGGUGAGCAUGAUGCAGCCCAAUCAGUCCAGUUUGAACCGGUCAGAGAGUCUCCUUUAAACACCUUGGGAAAUGGUGAUCUAUCACUUGCUGAUUUUGAGAAUAGUCAAUUACAAGCUGUCAAAUCCGUACCUUCUCAGCAAUCGAAUGAAGGUCCAGCUGGUAUUAAGCGUAGCAUGAGUCCUAGUCAACUUAAUCGAAAUUUACCUCCAGGCAACCAAUUGCAAGCAACUUCAAACGGAAUUGAUGUCAAACGUGUGCAUAGGAUGUCCACCACUGGUGGACUGGUGCCGGCAACAGAAAGACUGAUGUCGAACGGAAGAGCGUCUGUUGCUCAAUCCACUGUAGCUAGUCCAAAUGGAACCGUUAAUGAAUCACAAGCACCCGCUAAAACGCUAGAUCAAGACCGAUUUGUUUAUGAAUCAGGGUCAGAGAAUGAAGAGCUUGACAAUGUUAUCGACUACAAUACAAAGAUUAAACAUGCGCCAAAGAAACGUAAUAAAGAAUUUCAUCAUGCAUUCAAAAAAUUACCAAAUAGUGAAAGAUUGAUUGACGACUUUAGUUGUGCGUUAUCCAAGGAUAUUCUUGUACAAGGGAAGAUGUAUCUUAGCGACCACUACGUUUGUUUCAACUCAAACAUUCUCGGGUGGAUUAAACACAUCAUUAUACCAUUGCAGGAGGUUAUUCAAAUUGAAAAAAAGUCAACUGCAGGGUUAUUUCCCAAUGGUAUGGUUAUCAAAACUUUACACCAAAAAUACACUUUUGCUAGUAUAAUAGGGCGUGAUUCUGCUUUCAAGUUGAUAACCAAUGUUUGGCAUCGUUUGUUGUUGGAAAAAUCAAACAUUGAUCCAAAACAAUUGGGCAAAAGAGCGCAAAAUGGCUCCAAAAAUGGUACUUCUGAAAAUCAAUCUGACUCUGAUGGCGGUAAUACAUCCGAUGAUGAAAAUCUGGAUGCAACCGAUGACGAAGAUGAUACAUCAAUGGAUGAAGAGGAUGAUGAAGGUUUGACCGAGGGCAAUGGCGAUACAACAAAAUCAGAGGAUGCCAAUGGUGGUGCAAGUACCGGUGAUGGCAACAAUGCAGCAGCUGCUGGUGCCGCUGGUGGAGAGGGUUCCGGGGACUCCAGUGGGGGCUUCAAUGGAUUUCCAAUUGUUGGACCAGCAACACAUGCACCAACAGAAACUGGCUAUUCAAAAUCCUCAGAUGAGACUUUCAUUGCUGAAGAAAUUAUUAAAGCACCACCUGGAGUGGUUUAUUUACUUUUGUUUGGAUCAGACACUUCAAAAUUUGUGCGUAUACUCAAGGAUCAAAAAAAUUUCGAUAUCGAUGAAUCAGGUCUUCAUGGAUUGACCAAGGAAAAUAAGAAUCGUCAUUACACGUAUAUAAAACCAUUGGGUGGACCAAUUGGACCCAAGCAAACCAAAUGUUUACUUGAUGAUGAUUUGAUUGAAUACGACCCUGAGAAAUAUUAUGAAGUUGUGCAAACCACUCAAACUCCCGAUGUCCCUAGUGGUAAUGCUUUCAAAGUCAAGACCAAGAUUUUCCUUAGUUGGGCGCAGAACAAUCAAACAAAGAUUUGGGUUGCGUCAUCUAUUGAAUGGAGUGGUAAAUCAUGGAUCAAGGGGGCAAUUGAAAAGGGUACCAUUGAUGGUCAAAAGGAUAGUAUGAAGGAUAUGAUUGAGACUUUGAACACGAUGCUUGCUGAAGGUAAUGGUAAAAAGGACGGUGGUGGUGCCACCAAGAGGAAAUCUACCAGGAGUAGACGUAAUACAGAGAAGAAGGAAAAACCAGAGGAAAAACCAGUUGAACAACCAAAGAGUAUACCUGAGCAAAUUACAGCAUUGGCUAAAUCUAUUGGCGAACUGGUUCCUGUAUCAGUUUUGGAUAGUACCAUAAUGGGAUACAUUGUUAUGUUUUUCGCAUUUAUGGUGGCUUACAUCAUCACCAACAAGUUCUUGUCAUUGUUUUCACAUGGUGGAAGUGGGAAAGCUUCAAGGUCGAAAGUGUACUGUGAUGCAGAGAGGGAAGUUUGGCAAUGGAUAAUUUCCCGAAGUGAUAAUAAAUUGGAAGUAGCGGGAUCGAUGAAUUUUAGUGGUGGUUAA